AUGUCCACGACGCCAUACGAUGAAGACGUAUUUGGCCCCCUCGACUUUCCAGCAGACGAGCAAAUCACAAUCGAUGACAUUAAACCGCCACCACUAUCAACUCUGAAGCACCGUCCUGAUCCAUCAUCCCUAGGCCUUCUCGACCGGCUACCUCUCGAGAUUUUAUAUCAAGUCUUGCAUCUAUUAGAUCUUUGGUCUCUAUCUUGUCUUUCGCGUACUUCUCGACAAGGCAGAGUUAUAGAGUCACUACUACCACCAUACCGUGAUCUUAUAAAAUAUAUACCAGAUACCCUGAUGGUCCUUAGAAAAUCUAAUCUACUUCGCUAUUAUUCGGCAGAUAGACUAUACGCUGUCUUGCGGUCUAAAGCUUGCGUCUCGUGUGGAGAGUUUGGUACCUUUUUAUUCCUCCCAACCGGAGAGCGAUGCUGCCAUAUAUGUGUGGCCGAGAACCAAUCCUUCUGGGUAGUCUCUCUUUCAAUAGCUCAGGGAGUCUACGGACUCACGAUGCGUGAUCUUAACAAGCUUCCUGUGAUGAAAGGUAUUCCCGGUACCUACAAACACCAGGAGGUCAAAGAAUACCGACGGCCGAUGCUCGUCCCUGUCAAAGGCGCGGCACGACUUGCCGAGAAUAAUGGCACGAUGCCUGACUUACAUCCUGUAUUUGUUAUGUGUGGCGGGGUCUAUCACGACCCAGAUAAUGAGCUGGAUGAACACGGCCAGAAGGAAUCCAUUGAAGGUAGGCCGGUUACGUUGGAAGAGUGGCCCAGCGACAUUUAUGGGAUUCCGAGCGAACAAGGCCCCAUGAUAAACAGGUCCGUAUGGAACGAGUCUAGUCGGCCGGCCAAUGGCUUCUCGCAAUGGCUGCCCUCGCCGCCCUUGCUACCUGAGGAGGAGGACGGCUUUGACCUGGAUGGAGAGCCCACACCGGAUUGGGAGGGCGAAAUACGGAAUGAAUUCUGCGGCAUGGCAUCAAUACGAUUUCCAUAUUUACUGCCAGACGAUACCCUUGAGCUUGGCCUAAUGUGUAAGCGAUGCAAGGCGUCGAAACCAUAUCUCAUGUUAAAGAGUGAGCUUCCAGCACACGCUAUGGAGUGUUACCAUUGGAGACAAAGCCUUUCCACCCGGGAUUGACGACUUGUGAUUUGGUUUAUCUUUGUACGGAGCAAGCGUAUAUUACGACGAAGCAUUAUCUUUCUGUUUCCCUUCACUUGAAUCUCAUAUGUAUGAGCCAGAUAUAACAUACUGAUAAACAGACAAUCUAAAUCCACUAAUUACAGCUUGAUACUCUCCAAGUUUAAUAAACAUCUACUGACGGUGUUUCCUCGACCGUUUCCAAUUAUCAACACCACGGUGAUGCCAUACACGAGCCACGGCCAUGCAGACAUUACUCUUCAACUUUCUCUUUCUAGCGCUGGAGACGAAUCGGUAUUGAAUGCCCUUCCCACGGAUAAAGACAGGCUGAAGGUAUUGUUCCUCGUGAUUGGGUGUCCGAAAUCUCAGAGUCGGCUGAAAAUACUACUUUGUGUGGAUGUUCGCCCGAAUCGCUCUAAACAACGCCAAUUCUGAUAGGGAAGAAAACUGCAUGAGAAUCUCUCUCGGGCCGCUGGCAAAUAGCUCGGAUGCCAGUGCUAUUGAGUCCCAUGAGUUGAAACCCUGCAGGAAUGCCUUUGUAUGUCCUGGUAACGGCAUUCAACAGUAUCGCCACUGCCAUGAGUAGCGCGAGGGUGAGAGUAAAGAUGCUCCCGCAGAGAGAAUAUCCUCAGGAUAAUCCAACCCGCGGAGACGCACACCAUCUGGACCAGGUCCAGAUGUGCUAGACUGAACAAGGACGAUGCUCUGAGAUAUAAGCCAGUGUAAGAGGAUUGACAUGCACGUCAGCGGAAUCGAAUAAGAGGAAAUAUGAUGACCUCUGCAGACCUACAGGCGAAGACACCCAUAGCGGCUUCUCGCCAUCUUCACGUAAAAACCUCACCCACUCCUCAGCGACUGGCUGGCGAGUGAGGAUGUCGUUGUAGAGGAGGCAAAGAAAACUGACGAAAACCCGG